AUGGGUGGUGGAUUUCCCCGUGGCAUUCGCUCCGCAAGAAAGCUGCGCGAUCGCCAUAAGCGCAACCGCUGGGCGGACAAGAAGUAUGCGCGCUCGAUGUCGGCAUCGGCUUUGAAAGCGAACCCGCUCGGCGGCGCAUCUCACGCGAAGGGCAUCGUUCUCGAGCGGAUAGGAGUGGAAGCAAAGCAACCCAACUCUGCUAUUCGAAAGUGUGUGCGAGUGCAACUGAUCAAGAACGGAAAGCGGGUGGCUGCUUUUGUUCCCCGUGACGGUUGCCUCAACUUUAUCGACGAGAACGACGAAGUUCUUAUUAGCGGUUUCGGAAGAAAAGGACACAGUGUGGGUGAUAUCCCGGGUGUGCGCUUUAAGGUCGUGAAAGUGCAGGGUGUCUCGCUUUUGGCACUGUUUAAGGGAAAGAAGGAAAAACCACGCACAUAG